AUGACUAAUGUAAAGUUAAAACUGAUGUUCUUCCUUCUCAGCGCUCUGCUGACCGCAGACAUAGUGCAAGCUCGACCGUAUUCCGACAACACAACAGACAUAGUAAUACAAUAUAAUAAUAAUAACACAUUUAAUAUACCUGUAAAUCCUAAUUCUGAUAUCCUAAUAGUAGGAACUGAAAAAAACAUCCCCGAAGAUCCAGAUAAGAACCAAAAACUGAACAAACAUCUUGAUGCUAUCAUAACGGCGGAGCAGGACAGAGAUGUCGAGCUGUCACUGAAGUACACAAAAGAGGAUCAAAAUGUAUUGGAAGUGACGCGACUGGGUGCGGAUGCAAUAGAAAAGCAGCUGAACACGUCCAGUCCUCUUCUUGACGAGCUUAUAGGUUCAGAAACUGAUAGAGAUGGGACUCUGACAGACAUAAUGUUCAGGCCAGAAUCGGAAGCAUUCGUUGAGCCGCCACGUUUCGAAUUCCUAAUCGCGGGAAAAAUUAACGAAAGUGAUAACAGUAACAAAAGUGUCAGUGUGAAAAGUGAUAAUACUUUAGACAGAGACAAAAACAGUAGUGACUUACUGAGAAAAGUGGACUAUGUUGAGUUGGUUGAAGUGUUGAAGCCGUCAAAAGGCGAGAAUAAAAGUGCUUAUAAUUUGUUGAAUAUCACAGCUAAUGAGGUGGAUAAUGACCUAGCACCGGAUACAAUCCUCUCUGUGUUCUCAGGGUUCACGGACAUGCAGACUCUGUUCCUGGCCUGCUUCGGCACGCUGCUGCCGCUGCUGCUCGUGCUCUUCGCCACGCUGCUUAUCAGGUGCAUGUGCCGCCGCUGGUGCCCCGGCUGCUGCCGCAAGAAGAGUGACGAGUCCAACUCCGACAGCAGCGAGAAACAAGACAACCACCACUCGCAGUUAAAGUCCCCGACAGACGAGAACGGAAGCAGCACAGCAGCCAGCGAGGGCGUCCCAGCCAACGGAUCCAUUUUCACCAUGACCCUCAAGAACAACCACCUCAUCGUUGAGACUGAGGAGAGGAAUGACAUUACUAAAAACGGACGCGAGACCAAAAUGAAAUAUUCUCCCGACAACGAUGGCAUCUUCGUGGUGGAAGUUCAGCAGUCCACCACGUACAGACCCAACAACAAUAAGCAGCCAAUCCUUCAGAACUCCCCGCCCCACGACCCUCAGAUAUCCACCAACCAGGCCCUCAUCCACCGCGUUCCUGAGGAGUUGGAGAAGAAGAUAGAAGAGGACAGCGAAAAAGGCAGCGUCAAAUUCGACAAAGAAAAGGCCCUGGCCCUAUCCAGUACUGGUCUUUCAAUCUCCGAUCUAAGCAUGUCUUCUAUUGGCUCGCAUAACGUCAGCUACUCUUACGGGAGCCAACUAGGAUACGAACUAGGACCUUUCGGUUACCCCAUCUACGCAGGAUAUGACACCAAGGAUGAAACUGACUGCAUAGUCCACGACAAUUCUCAAGAGCCUUUGAUCACCAAAACACCAACUGAUCCUGAUAAGCCAGUUGUUACUGCUGCAAUUUUCAAACAAGAUUCCAUCAUAGGCAACGACUUGCAAGGUCCUUCGUACUGUCUGGAAGGCUCCAGCGAUGGUCCGCUACUAUCUGACGUUCAAGCAAGAGAACACAGCCUUCAGAAGCUGCACGAUAAAAAGCUAGAAAAUGGCGUCGCUGUACCUAUAGCUGAAAAGAUUGAGAGUCCAAAAAAGGCACUCAAUCGAGCUGACAGCUUGCCAGUUCGGUUAGAACAAAAAGUUCCUCAACCAGUCCUCGAGAAGAAAACAUCUUUAGACGAAAUUAAAGAAAACGAUUGUCACUUUGCAGUGCCAAAGGAAGCUUUAAAAGAAAAGGUUUAUGAAUGUGUUAAAGACGCAAUCGUGCCAUCAGCUUCUCCAAAGUUCGAGAAGCUGAUGAACGACAAUUACCCUGGAGAAUGUAUGUAUGAUCAGCCCCCGAUGAUCACUAUCACCGAAGAUAUAGAACCUGGCAAGUCUGAUAGCUCCAGUUAA